UUGCUAGAUUUGUAUUUUUGUUGGCAACACUCUUACUAUAACAUUUUUGACAAAUCUCUCUUUUUAAGGGAUAAGGAGAGUGGCGGCCCCUUCUAUUCGGACUUUCUACUAUGUACAGUUCUAGCACACGCGUCCCACAUAUCUGAAAGAAAACAACUUAGAUCUGUUCCCAGUGAUGCAAGCACAGCAGGCGAUCAGUUCUAUAGAUUUGCUUUAGAGAAGCUUCCCAAUGAACUUGAAAAUGCAUCCAUUACUACAGUACAAGGAUUAUUGCUAUUAGCCAGCAAGGAGUCUGGUGUUGGAAGGAGAAGUUUGGGAUGGAUUCAUUCGGGCAUGGCAUUCCGAAUUGCAAUUGAUUUGGGCCUCCACCUAGAUUGUUCAAGGCUAAGAAUAAAUGGACACAUAACAGAAGAGGAAAGUAAAGUUAGAGAUUCGACAUUUUGGGGCUGCUAUAUCUUUGACCAGGGAUGGAGUUUCUAUCUUGGGCGUCCACCUGCUAUACAUGAAUCCGAUAUAGAUUUG